GCCACAACAGAUUGCACGAACUUCUAUCUACCAUCGGCAGAAGUCUCAAUGGAAAUGCUUGGCAUCAUUGUUGGCAUCACUGGUGCUGUCAUCCUCUACUGCGCGCUGCUGGGCAUUGCCGCCGUCAGGCAUAUUCAGAAAAAUGCCAUGGAUGACGUAUCGAUGUCAGCUGACCACGGUCCACCAUCAAGUGGCUGUAUGGCCAGGUUGCUGAGGAACUGUGGCAUUUACCCAGGUGCGGGCAAGAGAGAUCGCGCAAAGGAGGCACGAAUCCGAGCCAAGAAAGCCCGGGACAAGCGCAAGAAUCGGAAUCAGGAGAAAACAACUCUUCUCGAGGAAGGGACAGAAGGCACCCCUACUCCAGGCAUAGUGGUUCCCUCAACGGUGGGAAGGCAGGGGGACGCAGAGGGUCUCCAACCAGAGGAUACGAACCUCGGCGCAGACGUGGAGAUUGAGGUAAAGAAAGGAAAGGAGAAGAAGGACAAAAAGGAGAAGAAGGAGAAGAAGCAGAAAAAAGACAAGUCUGAUACAUCAGCGGGCGGCGAGCCCGUGGAAGCGAUUUCUGUUCGAGUUCUGGAUGACUCGGAGGCACGCAUCCCAGAAGCGAGUGGCGAUGACCUGCUUGGCGCAGCGUUUGACGAGCAGAAAGCGAAGAAAAAGAAGAAGUCUAUCGAACGAGACACUGAGUGA